AUUUGAAAUGAGUAGUGGCUUAAACAAGUACAAGCUUGUUUUCCUCGGAGAGCAGGCCGUCGGGAAGACCUCUAUCAUUACUAGGUUCAUGUAUGAUACUUUCGACUCCAAUUAUCAGGCCACUAUUGGCAUCGACUUCCUCAGCAAGACGAUGUACCUCGAGGACCGUACUGUGAGACUCCAGCUCUGGGAUACCGCUGGCCAGGAGCGUUUCCGAUCUCUCAUUCCGUCGUACAUCCGGGAUAGCAGUGUAGCAGUUGUCGGGUAUGACAUCACCAAUAAGGCGUCCUUCAUGAACUGCGAGAAGUGGAUUGAUGAUGUUCGUACUGAGCGAGGCAAUGAUGUUAUUAUAAUGCUUGUGGGCAACAAAACUGAUCUCGCAGACAAACGGCAGGUUUCCACUGAGGAAGGGGAGCAGAAGGCCAAGGAGCAGGGCGUUAUGUUCACCGAAUGCAGUGCUAAGGCUGGGUACAACAUAAAGGCCCUUUUCAGGAAGCUUGCUGCUGCCUUACCCCAAUCCAAUGAUCAAGGUGCUGGUCAACAAGGGCAAAGUCAGAUCGUUGACAUACAGUUGAACGCUAGUAAUUCCGAGCCCCAAGAGCAUGCUAAGAAAUGUGCAUGCUAAUACUGCAAUGGUGAGAGGAUGGCAACUUUGGGUCUAAUCAUCCGAGACGCGAAUCGAUAGUGCUGUUGUUAAGGAGAUCUGCUUCUCAUCGUGUAUCAUC